CGUCGCUGCUUGCUACCGGGGUAACGGAGUUUUGAGGUUUGUACGGAAUGUUGCCGGUGUAGCAGGAACUCCCGCCAUUUUUCAAUCAGCUAUAAACACUCUUGUUUGUUUAUGUAAUCGGCAAGUCCCUCAAAACAGUAUCUACGCGGUCUAUAUUCGCUGCGGAUAGGGGAUUGGUACGUCGCUUUGGUCUGCAGAAUCGACUACAGCACGGACCUGAGCGGCAUAAGAAAAGCCCGCCAUACCAGCUCUGACGGGCCGCCUUUCGCGCCUCCAUCGCCGAGACUCAGGAGCUUCCGUUCUCUCCUCACGCUCUCUUCAGGCAUCCCACCAUGACCCCACCGGCUCCCCCAAACCAGCGGAUUUCACACCGGGAGAUAUAACUGCUCAACAAAAUCGUACUUUUGUUUUCACGCGCUUCGUCAAAGUAACUCAAGUAAAGCAGCGCGCGCUAGCCUAGCCCGAUGCUACGCCGCUGAGACGCGCGGUUUCACGGCAUAUUCAGUUUGAGCUGAGAUUGAGCGGACGGAUUAGUUCAGUAGUUCACUUUGCAGACACGUCCAGGACCACAGCGAGCCCGCGAUGGCACCGUUACUAGGCCGGAAGCCGUACCCGUUGGUUAAGCCGCUGUCGGAGCCGCCGGGCCCAGCAGAGGAGGUGUUCAUCAUCGAGCACACCAAAGAGGCCUUCAGGAACAAAGAAGAGUAUGAAGCUCGACUGCGCAGGUAUGCAGAGCGGAUAUGGACAUGCAAAAGCACCGGCAGCAACCAGCUCACACAUAAAGAGGCUUGGGAAGAAGAACAGGAGGUCACAGAGCUGCUUCAGGAGGAGUAUCCCGUGUGGUUUGAGAAGCCUGUUCUGGAGAUCGUGCACCAUAACACAGUUUCUCUGGAUAAACUAGUGGAUCUGGCCUGGUUGGAGAUUCUCACCAAGUAUGCUGUGGACGAGGAGUGCGACUUCUUGGUUGGCAAGGAUAAGACGUUGCGUGUGAAAGUGGUAAAGAUUCAUCCGCUGGAGAAUCCUCCAGAAGAAAAUGUGGAGAAAAAGCUGGAAGGAGCUUGUGAUUCUCCGUCCAGUGAUAAAGAGAACGCUAGUCAGGAGAACCAGAAGAAGGAGCCGCAGUCCAAAGAGGAGGACAGCAGGAGAGAGAGUCUCUCUGAUAGGGCCCGCCGCUCACCCAGGAAACUCCCAACCAGUAUGAAAGAAGAGAAGAAGAAAUGGGUCAUGCCCAAAUUUUUGCCCCACAAAUAUGAUGUCAAACUUCUGAAUGAGGACAAAGUGAUAAGUGACGUCCCUGUAGACAGCCUGUUCAGAACUGAGCGGCCCCCCAACAAAGAAAUAAUGCGCUACUUCAUCAGACACUACGCUCUGAGGUUAGGCUCAGGAGAGAGCGCCCCCUGGGUGGUGGAGGACGAGCUGGUGAAAAAGUACAACCUGCCAAGCAAAUUCAGCGACUUUUUACUGGACCCUCAGAAGUUUUUUGCAGAACAUCCUUCAGCUAAGAGGAAAAGCAUGAGCUCACCGGAAGGUAAACCCAAUAAGAAGCUGAAGACUGCAGAGACGGGAAAAGACAGCGAGGGAGUAAAAGUAAAAGGGGAAAAGAAGAAAAAGAAAAAAGAUUCCCAGAACAUACCUCUCAGCCCAAGCCUCUGGAGUCAUAUGCAGGUGAAGAAAGUUAAUGGAUCUCCUUUAAAAAUGAAAAACUCAGGUACAUCUAAGAAAUGUGAUGGAGAAAACAUCCUCAGCACUCCAAAAUCAAAUAAAAAGCAAGGAGACAAAAAAUCCACUGACCCCAAAAAGAGCCGAAAGAGUGGCGUCACCAAGACUCCCAAUGGCCAGAAGCUCUCCAGAAAGGAAGACAAAAGCGCUGGAAGCGCCAAGAAACCCAAAAUGAAGCAGAUGACCCUUUUGGAUCUCGCCAAAAGCCCACCUGCAGCAGCUAGCCCAAAAAAGCAAAGCCGACGUUCAAGUACUGGCUCUGCUAAGCUGGGCAAACCGUUGCCGCCCAUGGCCUUACAUCUCCUUCGGUUUUACAAGGAGAAUAAAGGCAAAGAAGACAAGAAGGCCACUCUGUCCUCUCUGAUGUCUAAGGCAGCAAAAGCGCUGUCCGCAGAAGAUCGUGGCAGGCUUCCUGAGGAGCUGAAAGAUCUAGUUCAAAAACGCUGGGAACUACUUGAGCAGAAACGCCAGUGGGCCCUUAUGACCGAGGAGGAGAAACAGGAUGUUCUGCGGAAGAAGCGCCAGGAAGUCAAGGAGAAACUGCGUGAGAAAGCCAAAGAGCGGAGAGAGAAAGAAAUGCAGAUGAGGCGGGAGAUGUCCCGUCGUUACGAAGACCAGGAGCUCGAAGGCAAGAGCUUGCCGACGUUCCGUUUGUUCGACAUGCCCGAGGGGCUUCCCAACACCCUCUUUGGUGACAUAGCCAUGGUAGUCGAGUUUCUUCACUGCUACUCUGGCCUCCUGAUGCCUGAUGACCAGUAUCCCAUCACCUCCGUCGCUCUGAUGGAGGCUUUAGCUGGAGAUAAGGCGGGUUUCCUGUACUUGAACCGUGUGCUGGUGGUGCUGCUGCAAACACUUCUGCAAGAUGAACUGGCCGAAGGUUACAGUGAACUGGACAUGCCCUUAUCGGAAAUCCCUCUGACCAUGCACUCCGUAUCCGAGCUGGUGCGCUUGUGUUUGAGGCCAACGGAUGCCCAUGAAGAAGAGAGCGGCCGCGGCUCAGACGACUGGCAGCCCGGUGCUGGCUACGAUGACGUGGUGAGCAGUGAGUUCUUGGAAAAGCUUGAGACGUCGGAGGUGUUUGAACUGACCUCUCAGGAGAAGGUCAGCCUGCUGGUGGCGCUGUGUCAUCGUAUCCUCAUGACCUAUUCGGUGGAGGACCACGUGGAGGCCGUGCAGCAGCGGUCAGCCGAGCUGUGGAAGGAGCGGCUUGCCGCGCUUAAAGAAGUCAAUGAACGUAAGAAGGCAGAGAAGCAGAAACGCAAAGAGCAGAUGGAGGCAAAAACCGAUGCUAGUGGAGACGUACUAAUGAGGGCAGAGAGGAGGAAAGAUUCAAAUGUGAAAAAAGAGACCCCCAAGGUCCCCGCCAAAGUGGAACCAGAGCCGGAGGACAUGAUCAGCACCGUGAAAAGCAGACGUCUGAUGUCCAUUCAGGCCAAGAAAGAAAAGGAAGAGCAGGAACGGCUAAACAAAGAGCGUAUGGAGAGGGAAGCGGAGGAGGAGCGAAUCAGAAGGCAGAAAGCUGCAGCAGAGAAAGCCUUCCAGGAUGCCGUCAGUAAAGCGAAGCUGGUGAUGAAGAGAACUCCACUGGGUACUGACCGCAAUCAUAACCGCUACUGGCUGUUCUCUGAUGUGGUUCCCGGCCUGUAUAUCGAGAAGGGCUGGGUUCAUGAGAGUAUAGACUACACAUUCACUCUUCCUCCUGAAGAGGAGCCGCCGUCGACAGAGGAAGACAAAGAGGAGGAGACCGAAGAUGGAGAGAAAGAGGAUGAGGGCAGCAUAGUCAGCACUUCUAAUGAAAAUGGUCAGCAGGGGGCACCAGUGCCUGAGACCUGUAUUGAGACCACCGUGCCCAAACAAGGCCAAAACCUCUGGUUUGUGUGUGAUUCACAAAAAGACCUCGAUGAGCUAAUAGAAAGUCUUCACCCUCAGGGAGUAAGAGAGAGUGAACUCAAACUCAGGCUUCAGGUUAAUUAUCAGGACAUCUUGCAUUCCAUCCAUCUGACGAAAAAAGGUAACCCAGGCCUGAAGAGCUGUGACGGAUACCAGGAGCUGCUUAAAUACUUGCGCAGUGACAUUAUCGAGGUAGCCUCCCGUCUCCAGAAAGGAGGACUUGGAAACAUGGAGGACACGUCUGAUUUUGAGGAGAGGGUGCAUGACCUGGAGAAGCUGCAGGACUUUGGGGAGUGUGUGAUCACUCUGCAAGAGAGCGUGAUCAAGAAGUUUCUGCAGGGCUUCAUGGCACCCAAACAGAAGAAGAAAAAGAAGACUGGGGGAGAGGAGAGCACGACGGCAGAGGAAGUGGAUGAUCAGAAGAGACUGGCUGAAGAGGCCAGGGUAGCAACAGCGGUGGAGAAGUGGAAAACUGCCGUCCGUGAAGCUCAGACUUUCUCUCGCAUGCAUGUUCUGCUCGGCAUGCUGGAUGCCUGCAUCAAGUGGGAUAUGUCUGCAGAGAACGCUCGCUGUAAAGUGUGCCGCAGGAAAGGAGAGGAUGAUAAGUUGAUUCUGUGUGAUGAGUGUAAUAAAGCCUUCCAUCUGUUCUGUCUGCGGCCGGCACUAUACCGUAUACCGGCGGGUGAGUGGCUGUGCCCUGCCUGUCAGCCGACCGUCGCCCGACGCAGCUCUAGGGGCAGAAAUUAUAAUGAGGACACUGAGGAAGAGGAUGAUUCAGAGGAAGAAGAUGAAGAAGAGUCUGAAGAGGACGAAUCAGAAGAAGAAUACAGGGACACGGGCCACAGCUUGAGACCUAGGAAGAAGGUGAAGUCGUCUUUGAAGCCCAAAAUGCAGAGUAAACCACCACAGAAGAAGCAUUCGCCUUCUAGUGCCAAAUCAACUCUCAGACCUUCUUCCAAGCCAGAUCCAAAAACUUCACUCAGAUCUGCGUCCAGAACAGAUCUUAGACCUGCUCCCAAAACUGAUCCUAAACCUGCAUCCAAACAGUCACCUAAAUCACGACCUAGACCAAGCAACCCUGCAGACAUCGAUGAGCUGGUCCGCCAGAGCUCCAAGCCUCUAUCGAAGAAACAAGCUGUUGAGCUGGAGAAAUGUGAGGAGAUCCUUCAGAAGCUGAUCAAAUACAGACACAGCUGGCCCUUCAGGGAACCCGUGUCUGCUGAAGAGGCCGAGGAUUAUGGGGACAUCAUCAGCUGUCCGAUGGACUUCACCACCAUGCAGGACAAGUUCAAAUCCUCCCAGUACCAGAGCGCCAGCGAUUUCCUUGAGGACGUGAAGCUCAUCUUCUCAAACGCAGAGGAAUACAACCAGCCCAACAGCAACGUCCUGACCUGCAUGACACGCACCGAGCAGGCGUUUAUUGAGCUAGUGCAGAAGAUCCUCCCUGGGAACGUCUACGUGCGACGCAGAACACUCAAACGCCAGGCCGCUCACUCUGAAGAGGAUGACGAGGAAGAGGAGGAGGGCAGGAAGAAGAUACAAAAUGGGAAGCAAAGGAGAACCAGACAGGAGGAAGACUCUGGACGGAGGAAGACCAGACAGCGGAAACAAGCUGACAGCGAAAGUGAGGAAGACGAGGAGGAAGACGUGACUGUGAGAAGGAAGAGCAAGCGGACAAAUCGCAAAGAUUACCGGGAGCAGGACAGCGACAAUGAGAGGGACAGCAGGAGAACUAGAUUGAGACGGACUGCACGAGGUGUGACUGAUGACAAGGAGGCCAGCAGUGACGAGGACUCGGGCGUCCAGCGACAUUCCAAGAGGCUCAAGCGAUCAUGAAGACCAGGGUGCUUUUUUGUGUUGUUUGUAUUCUUUUUCGUAUCCCCUCCUUAUUAAUUAGAAGGCGAAACGGGCCGCCCCAAACCCGCUGCAUAUCGGGCAGAACCUUUGCUCAUCCCGAUGUAGAUGUUUGUUUAUUUGACUUUUUGGAAAUUUUUAUGUUAAUAUUGGAGAAAAAAAAAACUGAUUUAUAUUUGUAAGUUGAUUAAUAACGGUGACAUUUAGGUUUUUCCAACCUGAAGAUUUGCAUUGAAAGAGAUGUCAUCUACUUGAGCUCUUAAGACUUUUUUUCAUUUGAUAUUUGGCCUAAAAAAAAACACUUGUAUCCCAAAAAAGGUUGUAAUUGGGUUGCAGACGCCCCCAAGCCAUGUCUCAUUUUGAUGAUUUGAGGGGUUCCACUGUAAAAGUUCUAAAUUGAUUCAGAGUGAAAACGAUCCUUUUGCAUAGACCUUCAUGCAGCCUUUUAUUAACCAGUGACCAUCCAGAACAGUGAAACUGGCCUUAUGUGUUUUCUGUGUCUCGUAAAAGCCGUUUCAUUGGCACUAAACCCCCAAGGUGGUAUGGCAUUGAACUAAAAGUCUUUAUUUUUGAAUGUGCCACCAGAUUUUUCUUUUCUUUAGUUGUUUAUUAUUUUGGCUGUUUUACAAUAAAAGCUGUCAUCCUUGAGUUUGGUUAAACAACUUCUGUUUUUGAAAAUUAGGAGACCACUGGUCCUGUUUAUUGGCAUCUAAUGAUUCCCGUAAAACCUCAUGCUGCUCUUAUUCCCUUGAAACCAGUAGGUGGCACUCUACUACAGUGGUCUUCGAAAGAAAAGCUCCCCUUGGUGUAAAACUGACAUUUGAAUGUUUACAUCCCCACUAAAGACCUUGGCAAUGAUCAGUUGAACCUAAAAUCAAGGUGGUCAAGUCAGAUGUGAAUCCGGUUUUUGCAAACACUCGAAAUUCUAGGAUCUAAUGGGCACACAUUGCUUUAAUGCAUCCACAUGUGAGUGUAUAAUCAGUUUGUCAAAAAUACCUUAACGGUCUUUCUUUUUUAUAGUAAUAUGUAAAUAAUAAGCUUUGACUAUAUUUUGGUUUUUGAUCAUAGCCACGGAAGCCUCAGUUUAAGAUGUUUGUCCACAGCAUGUGCUGCUCAGGGCUUUAUUAACGCAUUUUUAAAGGAGGUUUCUGCUUGACCCCCCCCCCCCCCCCCCCCCCUAUGAUAGUGAGGCCACUAUCAUAACCUGCUUGUCCUGAUUCAUGAUGUUCUGUGGGCCUGACAUCAUUUAUAUGUAUACCUUUUUUGUUUAGUAUCAUUUCCAUAAACGUUCUGCUGCAUCUUA